AUGGAAUUGGAAAUCCAAUCAUCGUUCGGAGAACCCAGUUUCUCGCAUCACGGUUCUGUCUCGGGGUCUUGGAGCGCAAAGAUACACAUAUGGCCGCCCACCAUCGCCGAGUUGACCGUCAAUCUGGAACGGUCGCAUCUCAUCCGGGAAAGUCAGCAACUCAACGACGGUGAGCUGCUUGACAAUCGGCAUAAGAAUGUGGAGGACUGUCUCGCUGUCUACGGCCACGUUCUCUCAGAGAUCGAAUCCAAGCUACGAGCACAUUUCAAACACGUAGGUCACGCACUCGAAGCGCCCGCCAAGACUUCACAUGGAGACAUCGACGUCCUUGUUGCAGAGCCCACGAACAAAAGUGGACCGGUGACAGGAGCUUUUCUAGCCCAGGUGCUAGGAGCGGACAAGUGGAAGCGUACAGGUGGGAGUUCGACGUUUAAUCUCGCACUCCGGUGGCCAAAGGAGAUGGAAGAAAUGGGCGGGAUUACUGUUGCGGAGGAGGGCGCGAGUCCGAGUACAGGAGCAGACACGGGCGAGGAAGCCAAGGAGACACAAAAACUCCUCAACCUCGCGACCACUACUGAUCCUUCACCCUCACCCGCACCAAGUAUUUCUUCCCAAAAAUACAUUCAGGUCGACAUUCACCACUGCCCGAAACAGACAUAUUUCACCUGGCACCUCUUCUUCCAAGCGCACGGUGACCUACGGAACAUCCUCGGCGGCAUCAUCCGCCGACAUGGACUUACAUGUACAUCGAAGGGCCUCUGUCUACGCAUCGCAGAAGUCGAGUCCCACAACAAAGAACAAUCGCGCGUACUGAUGACGAACAGUCCGACCACCGUCCUCUCAUACCUGGGCCUUGAUACGGCGAGAUACUGGGAGAAAUUCGCCUCUUGGGACGAAAUGAUGAAGUAUGCUGCGUCCUGCCGAUUCCACGACCCCGGACACUGGCGUGAACGACAUGCGGAGAAGAAAGCGACGGAGCUCAAGGCCAACGAUCGGCAGCGCGGCGCGAAGAGGCCCGUCUUUGCAUACUGGAUCGACGAGUACUGGCCUGCGCAUCAGGACGAUGAACCAGGCAAGUCCGCGCAUCUGGCGCGCGACGAAGUUGUCGAGGACGCCAAGAUGUACUUUGACCCGGACUUCGCUGAGAGAUUUGACGAUCGCAAGACAAGAUGCGUGCGUCAGAUCAAUGUGGGCCAGCUUUGGGCGGAUAUCAGGAAGGGAUUGCCUCUCGAGGGCGUGGAGAUCGGCUGGGUCAUGAAGGGUAUGAAGAGGGGGGUGGCGAGUCGGUAUGAGGACAUGCCGGACUCUGAGGAUGUGCCUGGGUUGCGAGAGGUGAAGGCCGCGUAUGCUGAAGGGCGCUUUGAGGAUGUAUUGGUUUGGGCGCGAGAGAAUUGGAGGGGUGUUCUGGAGAAGCAGAAGAAACUGGAUCAGGAGAAGAGUCAUGCGCAUUUGACGAAGAUUAAGAGAAAGAAAGAGAAGGAAAAUGCACAGACCGGUUGUGAUGAGGGUCGUCGUCACGAGAUCGAUCCCAGACGGACAGAUUGGAGAAGGUCAUGA